GUCUUGCACUGCUGUUUGGAGCUGCACGAACACCACAUUCAUCAUCAGGUGAAUCAACUUGCAAAGUUUCAAAAUCUUGUUACAAUGUUUCCGCAGUGAUACCAAAGUACCAUGUUUAUUACAGUGUUAUAUGGAGAUAAUGAACAUGCUCUCUUCAAUCCAUACUGCAAGACCCAAAUUUUAUUGGACUACAUCAAACAGAACUGUCAUUAUGAGACUGAAGCUGAGAUUGAUCUAGCAGAUCAGAAUGGAGAGGUGAAAAAUCUAUUACUAAACCAACAUUCGUACUCCUCUGAUAUCUUGACUGGAAGAGAGGUCUAUGUUCUACUUGGUGUGAACAGGCCUGUCAGUCCCUCCAAACCAACAUAUACACCUUUACUGAACAAUAAUAAUAUUGUCACACCAAAAUUCUUAGCUAAACUAGGAAUCCGGAUGGAUUCUCGAGGUCAGUCCCGAGGAAAAGCAAAAAGGCUGCACAAGAUAUCUUCUUCGCCAUCUUCCUCCAUUUCAUUCAGGACAGAUGGUAAACACAGUGCUUCACCUCAAGGGAGACAUAAAUAUACCUUAUUACCUCACUCAGGGAAGCACGUGAGGCACUCUACUUAA